UUAACAGGCGAGAGGCGGAGAUGGUUCAGAUGGCGUUAAAUUCCUAGACUGCAACAGAGUAACGAAGGCAGAUUAUAUCAAGGAUAGGCAAAAUGGUAUUAUGUUUGUAUCGGUCAUCUCUUACCUACGCUGACCCCAGAUUAUACAUGUAAGCAGCUCACAAACUUUGAUCGCAGUGGAUUUCAAAACCCAAGACAACGAAGACUUAUUUCGCACAAGCACCAGGACAUAAUCGCCUUCAACAAGCAAAAAUGGACCGUAGAAAGAACAAGGUGUCACCGAUUCUCCAGGCGUCGGCAUGCAACACGUCCCAGAGAUCAUUGAGAGCCGGGGGGUUUCGCUUUGGUGCGGACAGUCCCGAAUCGAUGACCCACUCUCAGCUGGACUUGGCCAUCAUGGAGAUGAUGAACAUUAACCCCACAAGAACACCCUGGCAGAUAUGUGAAGGUAACCCAAUAACGACCAAGGGAAAGCGACUGCAAAUGGCUAAAAUGCUGAUGCUCACGCUGUUUCCUUGUCUAGUGCUUAUGGGUAUAACGGCAGGGAUUUGGGGCCAAAGGAUUGUCUCUUACGUAAAGACAAUCGGGCAAUGUAUCAACGUUGAAAGAUUUGUCAAAAACUUGCAAGAUGAGAGAGAUAAGAGUGUUCUCUAUUUGAGCGAGAUUGGUAGAGACCCAAGGGCAAAACAAGAGCUCCUGAGCCAAUAUCCAUUGACUGAUAAAGCUUAUGAAGACCUUCCGUUGUGGCCAUUACGUGCACUAAGCAGCAAGUCACACUACCAGUCAAAGGAAGCCUUUUUGGCGUACCUGAAUGAACACCGAUAUGAAUUUUUUAGCCAGGGAAAAACCGAAAGGACUGAAUUGGCGUUUUACACAGAGCACAUCAACAUGUUCCUACAGUGGUUGUUCUCUCUGGCAGAUGGCCGGGUAGCUACCGGAUCAGUGUGGAAGGAAAUGGUAGCAUUUCUGCACGUGGCUGAUGCUAAAACAAAGCUGGGAACCGAGCGAGCUCUUGGGGUUUAUUACUUCACCAAGGGACACUUCGACAACGCCGAAAGCUACCUCCAGUUCAUCGAGUCGCAAGACAAUGCCAAUACCACUGUUGCAAGCGCGUCUCUAUAUUCUUCACUCGUGGGGCAGGUAUUCCACAGGGAAUUUUUGGACAACAAAUCCCUUGCUGACGACAUCAAAUUUAUGCGCGCGUCUAUAGUACAUGUAGAAAAUCCAUUUGAAAAGAGCAACGGCUCCUUGUCGCUUGCACGGUACUGGUUCGACAACCUUACCUACCAAAUGGACGUGAUGUUGCACAUACAGCAACUACUUUGUGAAAAUAUGAUUGAGACCUUGAGAGUUAGGGAGAAGGAAGAAGUUAUAGAACUCGGCGCGGAAGGCUCUGUGUUUGCGGUAGCCUUGAUAGUCUGCCCACUCAUUAUACAGGCGAUUUACACCAUGACCAGCCGGAUGCACGUGUUUUCAAUCUCACUGGCUGACAAGACAAAACAACUGAACAAGGAGAAAAAUCGAACAGAUACACUACUGUACCAAAUGUUGCCCAAGGCCGUUGCCGAAACUCUAAAGAAAAACGAGGAGGUUACAGCUGAAUUCUAUGAAAGCGUCACCAUUUUCUUUUCCGAUAUUGUCGGUUUUACAGACAUAUCAGCAUCGAGUUCCCCGUUUCAGGUAGUUCAGAUGUUGAAUAGUCUAUAUUCAUCCUUUGACGAGAGGAUUGGGCGAUAUGAUGUGUACAAGGUGGAGACAAUCGGUGACGCUUAUAUGGUGGCAUCAGGGUUGCCCAAGCGUAAUGGAAAUCGCCACUCUGCAGAGAUAGCCACCAUGUCCCUUGACCUUCUUGACCACAUCUCACAGCUUGAAAUACCGCACAUGCCGGAGAAAAAGUUUCGACUGAGGAUUGGCUUACACACGGGGUCGGUUGUUGCGGGCGUGGUGGGGUUGAAGAUGCCGCGUUACUGCCUCUUUGGUGAAACCGUCAGCAUAGCGUCACGCAUGGAAUCUUUCGGAUCGCCCAACAAGAUCCAUCUGAGUGGAACCACCCAUGCGGCACUCACAGAAAUUGGUGGAUUUUCUAUGACAAGAAGAGAGAAGGAAAUUGUGCUGGGAGACUCCAUGUUGUCGAUGGUAAUAAAAGGAGACAUCAGUACAUAUUGGCUGUGGGAUAAGGAGGGGAUGCAUAGGAGGCAGGCCUUCAAUAGUAGUCAGCAGUCAGUUGAUCAUGAUAACGCAUAUUCUCCUGCCUGUUCCCCGGGCCCCGAGGCGUGUCAUAUCCCAGAUAACCCCUUUAUACAGAGAAGAGGAAGCGUUGUCAUCUGCGAUGAAAAUUGACAUUAUCCUUUUGGAGUUUCUUGCACCAUUGACAACGAGGGAAAAUUUUUGAAUCUGUUAAGACUUUAGAAUUAUAUAAUUAUCAUAUCAUACAGCUUCUGUGUAAAAUAGAAGUUAGCUUUACUGUUGAUUAUUGACCUUUUUCAGACCAAUAUAAAGAUUAACCAAAGAUUAAGACCUGAUUGACACAAAUAAUUGUGACCCAAUUUUGUAGAAAAAAUAAAUGUCGUCUGACGUUAUGAGUAAAAAGAACACCGCAAAUGAUAUAUUGAGUAAAUCAUAUAAUGAAAAAAUGAUUUUUAACUUGGUGUAUUGUAUCUUUGUUAUUCUUGGGCACCAAAUUUUGGGUCUAAAAUGUGGAGCACAAUGCACUUUCAUGUAGCUUCAUUGUGCACAAGCAACUGGGCUGUAUGACCAAUGUUUAUAUAUGUAGCAUAUUCAUUAUACCCUAUAUAUCGUAGACAUUUAUUAAUAUAUAAUAUAACUAUAAUUUUACCUAUAUAUUUUUUGAUUCGGCUGGUCCAAUGGAAUGGAAUAUGCUACCAAUUUGAAAUCGCUCAAUUGACUCAACUGAUAAUUUCAAAAAGGUGUUAAAGCAUAGCUUAUUAGGAAAUCUUAUAAUUAAUUACCUUAAUUGAAAGUGGUUUUAUGUGAGAAU